GUUGCUAUUAAAUCUAUGAACGCGAAGGAUGCAUUCAGCAUUUAAGAUUAACAAUUUCAUUAAAUAAAUGAACCGGUUUGAUCUUCAUUCUGCAGUCUGUGCGCGCCGCUAAUUAUACAAAACGGCGCUAGUGCUUUAUUGACUCGGUUUUCCACCAAAAUGAAAACUCCUCGAGUGUUAAUUUGGGAAAUUGAGUGAUUUAGUGCUUCGAUACCCCACCGAUAUGUUUCAAGUGCGUCCAAAAUAAACGCAAGAAUGAAAUGCGCUCUACAAUUUUUAACAUGGAUAUUCCUAUUGAAAGCUGUCAGAGGUUACGAAGACCUGGUGGACGAAUACGUAAAGCAUGUGGGUGAGAUGAACAGUAUUUCGACUGCGAACCAAAGAAUUAGAAAUAGCGCGGAAGCGAGGAGGAAAUUUAGCCAAAGAUUUAGUAGUCAUAGAAGGAAGCGCGAAACUGAAGUUAGCCAGUGGACGCACUUCGAGUUUUUGGAUCCGAACAAGGAUAUUUUACUUAAAUGGCAGCCGAGGCACCAGGAGAUGCUGUUUCGGGUGGAGGCCAGAACGUUGGGAUACGUCGGGAUCGGUUUCAGUCCCAAUGGAGGGAUGCAGGGGGCCGACAUCGUUUUGGGGUGGAUCGAUGAUCGCACGGGAAGGGCUCACCUUUUGGAUUGUCACGGAGGCAGCAAGGACCAGGGCAGCGCGCCGAUAAGGGACGAAAUUAACAACUACCGAUUAAUGGCCGGAAUUCAGAAUGGCACCCAUACAAUAAUCGAGUUUCGAAGAGCCCUUGACACCUGCGAUUCGGAUGAUUACACGUUAGGGUCUCACACAAUACGUAUGAUAUGGGCACUGCACGAUAAAGAUCCCCCAACAGGGGCAGAAAUGGUCUAUCACGGCGAAAGAAGAGGAACGCAAAGUAUUCAUUUGCUAAGCCCGCCGCGUAUUACAAAAUCAGAUAACUCGUACCAAGUGCGGCAGUGGGACGUGGCAUUAAAGCAAUUCGAGGUGAAAGACGAUACGACGUAUUGGUGUAAAAUAUUCAAAGCGCCCUCGCUUCAGCAGAAACAUCACAUUGUAGGCUACGAGCCGUUAAUUGGAGGCAACCACACGUCGUUUAUCCAUCAUAUGAUCCUGCACGAGUGCGAAAUUCAAUACAACGUGCCCAACAUUAAGAAAUGGGAGGAGUACGCUAAGGACGCCGGGCGUCCGUGCUACGGCCCGGACAUGCCCAAUGAAUGGGAAAUAUGCUUGACGCCUCUAGUCGCUUGGGCUGUCGGAUCAAAAGGUGAGAACGUACCGAAACACGUCGGACUUCCGCUCGCGCCUAAGACACCGACGUACUACAUGCUGGAGGUCCAUUUUGAUAAUCCUUCAAUGAAACGGGCUGUGGAUACGUCGGGACUGCGACUUCAUUACACGCAUAAAUUAAGGCCGAACGAAGGUGGAUUUUUGGUAGCAGGUGUUACAAUAUCGCCUCUACAGCUUAUUCCUCCCCAACAGCUCGAGUAUAAAUCAGGAGGAUAUUGCAGUAUGGAUUGCACGCGUGAGGUCCUGCCUAGAGACGGUGUUAAUGUUGUAUCGGUUUUGUUGCAUUCGCAUUUGGCUGGCAGGAGGUUGAAGUUGAGGCAUAUUCGAGGGGAUAAGGAGCUGGCACCUAUUGCUCAGGAUGACAAUUAUGACUUCAACUACCAACAGGCCAGGACCUUAUCGCACGAAGUCAGAAUUCUACCGGGCGACGGCCUAAUCACCGAAUGCACCUACUCGACUAUAAACCGCAAACUGCCGACCCUAGGCGGUUAUUCCACCAGAGAAGAAAUGUGCCUAGCUUUCGUUCUCCAUUAUCCGCGCACUCAACUAGCCGGAUGUUACUCGAUGCCGCCAAUAAAGUACUUCUUCGACAAUUUGGGCGUCAAGGAAUUUUACGAGAAGAACAUGAGCUUGAUCGAAAACAUGUUUUUGCACGGACUACCGGAGACACCCGCUACCCCGCAGGUGCCUUCAACGUCAUUAUUUCCGCCGUACAAGCCGGGCGAUGAAAACUCACUGGAGGCGAACGAAAAGGCGAUCAUCGCCCUGAAGAACGCACGCGAGUUCACCGAGGGGGAUACGAGCGGAGGACUGGGACCGCUCGAUCAGCUCGUUAUUAAAGAACCUCUCGAAUUUCAGAACAAGACCUUUAUGUCCCAUCUACAAAGCUUGCCCUACAACGAGUCACUGCUGACCAGGCGGAUUGAGGAGUACUUCUACUCAGGGUUGCACCUCACCUUCUGCCGUAAGAGGGACGACACGUUGGCAAUGGCGGAGAAAGUGGAACGUUUCCCCAACUUCACCGCUUACGCCGAGAACGGUACGACGAUACAGUGCAGCUAUAGACAAAAAUCGUACCACUCGCACUCUGCCAAAUUCCACAAUGUCGCCCGCGUUAUCGCGCUGUCUGUCCUAGCCUUUAUAUUGUGAUGUAUAUAAAAUUAAUAUAAUCGAACUAAUUUAUUGGACGUUUGUGUUGUGUCUUAUGUACGAGUGUGUAUGUUGUUUGUUGUAUAUAGGUAUCUCUGAUUUUUUGAAACACCUACGCUGUGAAAUUAGUUUUAGGCUUUUUUGUGUACCUUUCUACGUUUUACCACUAAAAAAAUAAAGAUUAAUGUCUCCGUCUCGA